UUUUUUUUUUUUUUCCAACUCUCAGACGCCUCACCCUUUCCACUUCACUUUCUCCCCAUUUUCUCUCGCCAUCAGUUCUUCGCCGGCCGAUCAAUUGUCGCCGGAGUAUUCAAGUUAUCUACUAGAAAUGAUGAACGUCGUCGCGAAGUACAUGCCGACGAUUUUGACUCGCUCAAGUGCGGUGCUGAACUCAGUGAGUCAUGAGCUCCAGCAGCAGCGAGGCAUCCGAGUCCAAGUACGGGAUUUAAAUUUGGAGCGAGCGUUAUCGCUUAUGCAAAAGAAGAUGCAAUCCAGCGGAAUCGAGCGGCUGAUAAAGAGCGAGCAAAGUCAUCAUAUUAAGAACUCGGAGAAGCGAGUUUUAGCUCGUAAAGCACGCGAACGUACAGUUCAGUCCCAGCAAUUUUCUCGCGUUCUCAAAUCUCUGCUCGACAAGAAAGUCAGGGGUCUAUAAACCUAUCUCAGAAUAGCGUCACAUAUAUUUGAUAGGUAAUUGCUUGGUGGCAAAUGUUUUGACGCUAGCAAGUCCUGAGUGUUAAGUCAUCAUGAAGGUUUUAGUGGCUUUCUCAACUUUGAAUUGUAUCUCAAGAACCUUUAUUGUUUUUUCCCAAUGGUAUACUAGUGGUGUAUGGUAAAAGGAUUACAGGAAGUUGAUUGUUGCCAGAAAUUGGGAAGCAAUUGAUAAUGUUGGAGACCAUUGAGGCUAUUGCCAGCUUGUUUGAUUUAGGCAGAACUUGAUUUCUUUAAGGUUUCAGCCAGUUUGGUCCAAAAAUAUAGCUCUGAAAAUGAUGGUUGUUUUUUGGCUAA